AUGCCUAGUCGUUUAGCAAGUGCACUUAGGGAGCUUGCAGCGGCUCUGGAAGAGGAGGACUGGGAAGUCGUGGAGCCUACCCCUGGUGUGGCCACAACCGCUGCAGCGCCAAAGAGUGGGCCACAAGCUCGGGCGGCGGCAACACGGCGGCUGUCAGAGACUUUGCCCUCGUCUUCGUCGGCCAGGCCUUCUACCUCUGCGGCGUCUUCGAAGGGAGUGGGAAAGGCAGCUGGCGCACCUGCGGACACUACAGCCUCUUCCAACGUGUACCAUCAGGACAUCAGGACCUAUCUCAUCCUAGCGAAUCCGCUUCAGCCUACCUUUGUGGGGUGGGUGCAGGGCCCUGCCUCGGAAGUAUGGCCGAAGCUGGAGGCUCGACUUCCGGGCGGGCGACUCUUCGGCUCUCGCGUGCGGCUCCGGAAGGUCGCGGACGAGGUCGAGGCGCAGACCCUGUGGAACCAGCACCGGCCCGGAGACACCGAGGCCGCAGCUACUACGCUCCUGCAGGCGGUGAAGACGGCCGCCCACCAGUUGGGCAGCGUAGAGGUCUCGGAAGGACAGACUGCAGAAGAAGUGCUGGGAGACCAGGCUAGCCUGCAAGCGGCUAGCCGCUGGAGAGCGGGUGGAGCCGCCCGAAAGCUGACCGCAGUUUUGGCACGCUUGACUACCUCCCUGCAGAGCUGGACGUCUCUGUCGGGGCGGCCGCAGUCUUCUCCUGGUCGUGCUCUACCUGCAGAACGCCCUCGGCCUUUGGUGCGCGCCUCUACAGCUCCGGCGCCUGCGGCGCAACUUCGUUCAAGUUGGUGGAGCCAAGUAGCGGCUUGGCGUUUGGGGACCUUCUGCGCCCUGGCGCUGGCGCUUCUCUUCCCCCGCGUGGUCGCCCUAGCGAUUGCGCUCCUCUGCAAGCUGAUCAUUCGGGGCCUGGUGGCUCUUGUGAUGUACUUUGGCCGCGAACUGUACGUUCAACUGUCGGCCUCGCUUGCCGAAGUGGAGACUUCGCUGGUGGACUGGCUGUCCAC